CGCUGCUCGGCGCGCCCCGGAGCCGCCUGCCUGCGGGCGCCUGCGGCCUCCCUCGUGUCUGCCCCGGAGGACUGCGGGUCCCGGCUCUCGUCUUGCCUCUCGGCUGCCCAGGGUGCCCGGACUGGGAGCGGCUUGGCCAUGGCCGUGAGGAGGGACUCCGUGUGGAAGUACUGCUGGGGAGUUUUGAUGGUUUUGUGCAGAACUGCGAUUUCCAGAUCGAUAGUUUUAGAGCCUAUCUAUUGGAAUUCCUCGAACUCCAAAUUUCUACCUGGACAAGGACUGGUACUAUAUCCACAGAUAGGAGACAAAUUGGAUAUUAUAUGCCCAAAGGUGGACUCUAAAACUGUCGGCCAAUAUGAAUAUUAUAAAGUGUAUAUGGUUGAUAAGGACCAAGCAGACAGAUGCACUAUUAAGAAGGAAAACACUCCUCUCCUCAACUGUGCCCGACCAGACCAAGACGUAAAGUUCACUAUCAAGUUCCAGGAGUUCAGCCCUAACCUCUGGGGUCUUGAAUUUCAGAAGAACAAAGAUUACUACAUUAUAUCUACAUCAAAUGGGUCUUUGGAGGGCCUGGAUAACCAGGAGGGAGGGGUGUGCCAGACAAGAGCCAUGAAGAUCCUCAUGAAAGUUGGACAAGAUGCGAGUUCUGCUGGAUCAGCCAGGAAUAAUGAUCCAACAAGACGACCAGAACUAGAAGCUGGUACAAAUGGAAGAAGUUCAACAACAAGUCCCUUUGUAAAACCAAAUCCAGGGUCUAGCACAGACGGCAACAGCGCCGGACAUUCGGGGAACAUGCUCGGUUCCGAAGUGGCCUUAUUCGCAGGGAUUGCUUCAGGAUGCAUCAUCUUCAUCGUCAUCAUCAUCACGCUGGUGGUGCUGCUGCUCAAAUACCGGCGGAGACACCGGAAGCACUCGCCGCAGCACACGACCACCCUGUCGUUGAGCACGCUGGCCACGCCCAAGCGUGGCGCCAACAACAACGGCUCUGAGCCCAGUGACAUUAUCAUCCCGCUGAGGACUGCCGACAGCGUCUUCUGCCCACACUACGAGAAAGUCAGCGGGGACUACGGGCACCCGGUGUACAUCGUGCAGGAGAUGCCGCCACAGAGCCCUGCUAAUAUUUACUACAAGGUCUGAGCACCGCGCGCACCUGUGUGCCGCACCCGCGCUCUCCCGAAGGGGACUGGCCGCCCUUGACGGCUCCGCGCCAGCCAGGUGGCUGGUGGAUUGACUGCAGCCCAGGCUCUGGGAGAGGACCCCGCGGAGCUGGACAGCCAGGACACUCGCCAGAAGCUGCCCCUUGGACUGCUGUGCCGCUGCGGAGCCGCGGGCUGGCAGGGGCCCUGAGCGUCCUGGGAAGGCUGGUCUCAGCCCUGCCCAUGGCUCUUCCCCAGGGGCACACCAGACUGGCCCCAUGGACCGGGCCCGAGGGAAGGUUGGCAAAGCUCCCUCAAUGCCUCACCUCUCCUGUGCCCUGGGGCCUGGAGCCCUGGCCUGAGAGCCCUCACUUGUGUUGCGUGCUCUUGGCUGCAACCCCUCUCCCUGGCAACAUUAUCUGUGCACCGCCCCCAGCCACACCCCGGGCUGUGCCAUACAGGAAGACGAGGAGAUGACCGGUGGUGGAGGGCAGUAUGGCCAUGACGGCUCAGGGCUGCUGCCUGGAAAACAUAAAGCUGGGCAAGUACGAAAAGGAAGAAAAAAAUUUUUAAAAACACAAUUAGGUAGCACAGCACUUUGGCUUUAUGGGAUUGAAGAGAUAAGCAGGAGACAGGCUAAUUCGCUCAAGGGAUGGCGGUGCAUGGCUGGGGGGAGACAGCCACACGCAGGGAGGUGGGCGUGGGCACAGGCCAGGGUGAGAGGGCCCUGGUGGCAGCCAGGGAGAAACUGUGUGGUACUGGCAAUGCAGGUGUCGGGGCGGAGAUGUCAGUCUGCUCCAGCCAGAAAGGUCUGGAGCAGACCCAGCUGCUAUACUUCAUGUUAUUAAAC